GAAGAAAGAACGUGAAAGAGCAAAGGGACUGAGAACACGAAGAGCUGAAGGAGAUCUGUAGAGGGAGAGACCAAAGAUCAAGAACAAGUAUCUGAGAUUGAGGAUAGCGGCGCGACUUGGUGAGGAUUAGCUCAUAAGUCGGUUGUUAGUUAUAGUGUCGGUGUCAUGCUCUGGUAGAUGUAACACUGGGAACACGUUUGUCUUUGAGUUGGUUAUAACUCUAUUUGGUUGUUAAUUGAGUCAGAUACAUUAUGAGGAAUGUUGACUCUGUGUGUUUUCAAUUCCGCUGUGUAAAACAUGAUUUAUUUAAUGUGUUAUAAUUUCAGUUGUUUUCAGUGAAUGCAUGACUAUACUGACGUGGUGUUUUAUUAUUUAUGAAUUGUGAUACCCCUUGCAUGCUUACUCUGAUUUAAUAAUUAUUAUUUGCCGCGGGUUAUUAGAGGGGUGUUACAAUAGUGGUAUCAGAGCAUAGUCGGUCGUUGUGACCAGAGUCUUGUGUCAGUCUUUUGUGUAUGCGACUAAUACGGGUUAUUGUCGAUACUUUUGUUCUGACUGGGUUAUUUGUGGUUAAGCAGAACAAUGGCUGGAAGAGGAAGAAACGAUGAUGCACUCGCUGAGGCUCUGGGCAUGAUUGCUGGUGUGCUUGGAGGAGGGACUGUAGGAGCAGGGAUUGGUGCUGAUAGGCAACUGGGGAAUUUUCAGAGAAACAAUCCUCCAAUGUUCAAAGGCACGCAUGAUCCAGAGGGUGCUCAGAAAUGGCUCAAGGAGGUCGAGAGGAUUUUCCGAGUCAUUGACUGUGCUGAGAACCUUAAGGUGAGGUUUGGCACUCACAUGUUAUCUGAGGAAGCUGACGACUGGUGGUUGUCAACUAAGGCUGAGCUGGAUGCUGGUGAUACGGCAAUUACCUGGACUGUAUUCAGGAGAGAAUUUCUGAGGAGGUAUUUUCCUGAGGAUGUCAGGGGAAGAAAAGAAGUUGAAUUUCUGGCACUGGUGCAAGGCAAUAUGUCGGUGCCGGAGUAUGCUGCCAAGUUUGUGGAAUUGGCAAGGUACUAUGUGCACUAUAAUGAGGACGAAGCCAGUGAGUUCUCGAAAUGUGUCAAAUUUGAGAAUGGUCUUCGUGACGAGAUCAAGCAAGGUAUCAGGUACCAGAGAAUCCGGAAGUUUGUUGACCUGGUGGAUUGUAGCAGGAUUUUUGAGGAAGAUAAUAUCAAGCUGAAGUCAUCUCACUCUCGCGAGUUGGUUGACAGAAAGGGUAAGAAGCCUAUGGAUAGAGGUAAGCCAUAUGGUAGGGGUUAG